GGUGCCGCGGCAGGGAAGAAGCGCAGGAGCGAGCGCCGCGGCCGUCGCCCGGACCUCAGCCGCCUGCCCGCCGCCCGUCGCCCGCUCCUCGCCGGCUCGCUGGCUCGCGCUCCCCUCGCCGAGUCCUGCAGCGGGGGCCCAGCAUGGUCAUGGCGGAUGGCCCGAGGCACUUGCAGCGCGGGCCGGUCCGGGUGGGGUUCUACGACAUCGAGGGCACACUGGGCAAGGGCAACUUCGCCGUGGUCAAGCUGGGGCGGCACCGGAUCACCAAGACGGAGGUGGCGAUAAAAAUAAUAGAUAAAUCUCAACUGGAUGCAGUAAACCUUGAGAAAAUCUACCGAGAAGUACAAAUAAUGAAAAUGUUAGACCACCCUCAUAUAAUCAAACUUUAUCAGGUAAUGGAGACCAAAAGUAUGUUGUACCUUGUGACAGAAUAUGCCAAAAAUGGAGAAAUUUUCGACUAUCUUGCUAAUCAUGGCCGGUUAAAUGAGUCUGAAGCCAGGCGAAAAUUCUGGCAAAUCCUAUCUGCUGUUGAUUAUUGUCAUGGCCGGAAGAUUGUGCACCGGGACCUAAAGGCUGAAAAUCUCCUUCUGGAUAACAACAUGAAUAUCAAAAUAGCAGAUUUCGGUUUUGGAAAUUUCUUUAAAACUGGCGAACUGCUGGCAACAUGGUGUGGCAGCCCCCCUUAUGCAGCCCCAGAAGUCUUUGAAGGGCAGCAGUACGAAGGACCCCAGCUGGACAUUUGGAGCAUGGGAGUUGUACUUUAUGUACUUGUCUGUGGAGCUUUGCCUUUUGAUGGACCAACUCUCCCUAUUUUGAGGCAAAGAGUUUUGGAAGGAAGAUUCCGGAUUCCAUAUUUCAUGUCAGAAGAUUGUGAACACCUUAUUCGAAGGAUGCUGGUCCUAGAUCCUUCCAAACGGCUAACCAUAGCUCAAAUCAAGGAGCAUAAGUGGAUGCUCAUAGAAGUUCCUGUACAGAGAACUAUUCUUUAUCCACAAGAGCAAGAAAAUGAGCCAUCUAUUGGAGAAUUUAAUGAACAGGUUCUACGAUUGAUGCACAGCCUUGGAAUUGAUCAGCAAAAAACUAUUGAGUCUUUACAAAACAAGAGCUAUAAUCACUUCGCUGCCAUUUAUUUCUUGUUGGUGGAGCGUCUGAAAUCACAUCGUAGCAGUUUUCCUGUGGAACAGAGGCUUGAUGGCCGCCAGCGCCGGCCUAGCACCAUUGCUGAACAAACAGUUGCCAAGGCACAAACUGUGGGGCUCCCAGUGACCUUGCAUUCUCCGAACGUGAGACUGCUGCGAUCUGCCCUCCUUCCACAGACAUCCAAUGUGGAGACUUUUUCAUUCCCAACAUCCAGUUGUCAGGCGGAAGCUGCCUUUAUGGAAGAAGAGUGUGUUGAUACUCCAAAGGUAAAUGGCUGUCUGCUUGACCCUGUGCCCCCCGUCCUGGUGAGAAAGGGUUGCCAGUCACUGCCCAGCAACAUGAUGGAGACUUCCAUUGAUGAAGGGCUGGAGACAGAAGGCGAGGCUGAGGAAGACCCCAGUCAUGCAUUUGAAGCUUUCCAGGCCACACGCAGUGGGCAGCGACGGCACACUCUGUCAGAAGUAACUAACCAAUUGGUCGUGAUGCCUGGGGCAGGGAAAAUUUUCUCCAUGAGUGACACCCCUUCCCUUGACAGCGUGGACUCUGAGUAUGAUAUGGGGUCUACUCAGAGGGACCUAAACUUUCUGGAGGACAGCCCUUCCCUAAAGGACAUCAUGUUAGCCAAUCAGCCCUCACCCCACAUGGCAUCUCCUUUCAUAAGCCUGAGACCUACCAACCCAGCUAUGCAGGCUCUGAGCUCCCAGAAACGUGAGGCCCACAACCGGUCCCCAGUAAGCUUCAGAGAAGGCCGCAGAGCAUCAGAUACUUCCCUUACCCAAGGAAUUGUAGCAUUUAGACAACAUCUUCAGAAUCUUGCUAGAACCAAAGGAAUUCUGGAAUUGAACAAAGUACAGUUGCUCUAUGAACAGAUAGGAUCAGAGGCAGACCCUAACUUGGCAUCUGCUGCACCAGAGCUCCAAGACCUCACAAGCAGUUGCCCUCAGGAGAAAGUUUCUCAGCAGCAGGAAAAUGUCUCCACCCUCCCUGCCAGUGUGCACCCUCAGCUUUCCCAGCGGCAAAGCCUGGAAACCCAGUACCUGCAGCACAGACUCCAGAAGCCUAGCCUUCUGUCAAAGGCCCAGAAUACCUGUCAGCUGUAUUGCAAAGAACCACCUCGGAGCUUGGAACAGCAACUACAGGAACAUAGGCUCCAACAGAAGCGACUCUUCCUCCAGAAGCAGUCUCAGCUGCAAGCAUAUUUUAAUCAAAUGCAGAUAGCAGAGAGCUCCUACCCUCAACCAAGUCAACAGCUGGCUCUUCCCCACCAGGAGACUCCACCGCCGUCCCAGCAGCCCCCACCUUUCAGCCUGACCCAGCCCCUGAGCCCAGUACUGGAACCUUCUUCUGAGCAGAUGCAAUUCAGUUCUUUCCUCAGCCAGUACCAGGAGAUGCACUUGCAGACCCUGCCCUCCACGCCCAGCCCCCGGGCUCCACCUCCCUUGCCCUCCCAACUGCAGCAGCAGCCGUCACCCCCACCGCCUCCUCCUCCACAGCAGCCAGGAGCUGCUCCAGCCCCCUUGCAGUUCUCCUAUCAGACUUGUGAACUGCCAAGUACCACUUCUGUGUCAGACUAUCCCACUGCCUGUCAGUAUCCUGUGGAUGGAGCCCAGCAAAGCAACCUUACAGGCGUGGACUGUCCCAGGAGCUCAGGACUUCAGGAGGCCCCUUCCAGCUAUGACCCGCUGGCCCUCUCUGAGCUCCCUGGACUCUUUGAUUGUGAAAUGCUAGACGCCGUGGAUCCACAACACAAUGGAGUGGCUUGUCCUAUCAGCAGAUGAAUGCGCUAAGCACAAAGCGUCUUCCUUAAAGCACAAGAAGAGAGCUGCUACACUGAUGCUGCAUCUAGAAACACCUAUAAGUUGCCUUUCCUCUCUGUAGUAAGUGUCCAGGCAGGCGAGGGAAGACUAGGCAUGGGAAGUCUACAGAGAGCCAUCCUGGUCCCCAGCCCAGCCCCUGCCAAUGUUGGUGACUCAAGCAGUCCUCAUGGCUGGCCAAAGACUGUCUAGUUGUUGGGCUUCCCACUGGUGCCAGGCUCCUUUGCACACGCACUCUGCUUGGAGUUUGGCUGUGGGUGUCAGUAGGAAAGGGUAGCAGGAGGCACUGUCAUUUUUGUGAUUUAGUAACAGUGAAAUCCAGGAAAGAUAAAUUUUGUUGCUUUUAUUGAUUCUUUAUUCCUCCUCAUACUUAAGAUUGAUGAUUUUGUGAGAUGAACAUAAUUUCAUUUGAGAGAUCAUUUCAUUAAGAUCUCUAAUCUGUUUUAAAGCUUUGCAAAAUAAGCCAGUUAUAAAACGGGGCUUGAUUUGUUUAGCCUGGAGGAGGAUGUUUUCCCAAAAUAAACUGCAGAAGCACUGUAAUAUUGAUGAAAUGCCUUCCACAUUGAAAAUGGGGGCCGCUCAUUUCAGGACUGCAGGAAUGGCACCGCUACAGAUUGGCAUAAACUCCUGCCCCCCAACAGGGCCAUGAGCUGCUUAGCCCAGGAGACCUAGGAGCUAUGGCAGGACAGUUAGGCGACAGAUGAGGGGCUGCGGAGAGGCUGUCAGAAGGUUAAAGGCUGCCGAGAGAAGCCAAGAAGCACCCAGCAGCGGCCAGGCCUGCUAGGCACUGACACAGAGCGGAGGUGAGGACAGUCUCCUGGCGAAGAGCAUGAUCCGUCCUGCCUGCUGGAAUCCCUGUCGUAAGCUCCCAUUUGCUCAUCUCACCCAUUUCAAGCAGAAAUCACUAAGCUCCAUGACCACCUGUAUUUCCUGAGCUGAAGCUGGUGAGAGAUGAGCUGUGGUGGUCAGCCCGUCUGAUUACCUGUGUUGCUGUCCCCUAACUAGUGACCCAUGGAAGCUUCCGAGCCAUUUUCUCCUCACAAAUACUAAAGUAACACUAAGAAGGCUUAGACCCACUCUUGAUGAGGGGCAACUCUGAAAUACUGACAUACUUGCCUGUCUCUGGUCAGCAGUGUGUACACUACUGUAUAGUAACCCUUAGCUUUUGUUGUCUUGUAAACCAGGCUCCUCCUAAGAGACUGGUAAGACAAACGUAAGGUAAAAAUUUCAUUCGGCAAAAAGUGCAAUAUGUGUGGUACAUUUUUGUUUUUUGUUUAAUGGUCUUUUGUUAAUCCACGGGUGUCACUCUCUGCUUUGGAGGAAAUGCACUAGUUCUGCAAUUUCCAGUUGGGCAAGUGUGUCUCUAGUAUUUACAUGCAACUGACAUGCUGGUCCCUGUAAGGCAAAUAGAGGGUGUUAAUGCAACAGGAAGAUGAUGGGUUGGGAGGGUCCCACUCCGAUACUCCGAGGGAGCUACCUGACCAGUCCUAGCCCCUCACCCUGCCCUGCCUUGGCCUGCCUCAGCUGCCCUCCUGCUACCUUGGGAACAAAGAAGGGGAUGGUUCUCUAUGUCCACAACCCUCCAGAAUCUACCAAAUGGGAAAUAGUGGGGGCCCAGGAAAACAAGAGUUGGGAUUGAUGUGAGAUGUGAGAGUUGAUCCGAGCAAAGCCUUUCCUUGCAACCUAGGAAAAAGAAAGCUAGGGUCCCUCUCUCCUAAUAAGAGCUCACAAAGUUUUACCCUGUCCUGGUAUCAGGGAGUGGACUUCCAUCAACUUUGGCUUCUUAUGCUCCCUCCUAGCAUCAAUAAUGGAGUUACUACAUUGUUAACAGGGGUGGGAAGGCCAGCCAAUGGAGCAACGUCCCCCGCCCUGCCUACCACUCCAACACCUAGGGCGCUCAGCAGCAGAGAUUCAUCACAGGCCUGACCUCUCCCACCCGUGCUCCAGGAGUCAUUAUAUCUAAGGCAGGAAUACUAGGAAAGCCCUUGCCCAAAUGUUAGGACUGGGAAGAAAGGUGUGUUCUCAGCUGGGGAGUAACAGGUGAUCUAGAAACUGCAGGAACGUGAAACAUAGCAGCCUCCAGUGCCAGCUGAUCAAGGACUCCAGGUGAGCUGACAGCACAGGACAGGGACCCAGUGAGCUCUUCUCCCUCUGCAGGGUACUCCAGCCUCUAUGCAAACCCACCUUUUCAGUGUAUUGUUAUCAGAGCUUCUCUGCUCCAGAUUAUACUUUACAACCCAUAUUAACAGUUAAUUAAACUCCCUGCUUGUUUAAAGAAAACUCAUACUCCAGAUAACUUUUUCACAUUCCUCCUUUAGAGAUAAUACGUAGUGUCAUUUGACAACACUGGUCCCAGUGGGCAGUUGCAGAGUUCCUGUGCCAGGGCUGACCUUUGCUGCGUUUGUACCCCUAAGCUGGGCUGCCUCUACUGCCUCCUUGGAAGCCACCCAAGCCACUCAGUCUCUCUGUGCCUAGACAUCAAAGGUAAAAACUGGAGAACAGGUAGUAAGUUGGAGUCAUUGCUUAGGCAACGAUCUAUCAUUUUGUUGCUUCUGGAAAUUUUUUACAGAACUUAUCUUCAGUAUGAUUGUGGGAGAAAAGAGCAGUAUUAUCUGCUGAUUUCUAAGUUUAGCAACAGCAAAAAAAAAAAACUUUGAAAAACAUAUAGCAGGUCUUCCCUGUCCCACAGCCCAGGGAAGUGAGAGACUCCAGAGCUUUUUCCACCAGUCUUGGUUGCAGAAUGGACUGAGACAGUGGCCCUUUGAUGCCCCUUUUGGCCCAGAAGCCUCUGAUCUUCCAAUACCCUCUCACAGACUUGUUUCCCCAUUUUCACCUAGUUACACAGCCUACCUGAUUCCAGAAGACUCCCAGCCAUCCUGAUUGCACCACUAUCUCAUGUCCACGUCAUAUGUGGGCAGAUUUCAACACAUUUGGCAGACCUGGGCAUAUGACUACAUGGAUUGACAAACAGAUAGCGUAGCGAUACUGCUCGGGAGUUUAACCAGUGAUGGUUCUGAUGGUUCCUGCCCACUUGGCUUGCCUGUCAUAAAAGAGUAGCUUCUAUUUCUACAGCAGCUUACCAAGCACUUUCACAAGUAAUCUUUUGUAAUCCUUACACUAAUUCUGUAAAAUUAUUUGGGGGAGAUACUGUCCUUAUUUUUCUCAGCUGAAGAAAGCAAAGCUCUUGGAAGUAUACAUGACUUAGCUGAGAUCACAGAGCUCAUGAGUGGAGGUGACAGGACAAACACUUUGGUUGACUGGCUCCUGGCUUUGGUUCUGUUGGAGCCUUGUCCCUCACCACAAGCACCACCUCCCCGUCAUCUUCAAUCUUCAGCAGCCAUCUCUUUUCAUAAUCAAAACAGCUGUAUAAACAAAGCCCUGUAGCUGUGCCCUCCGCUUGACAGCUGCCUGGAUUUAGGGCAGAAGUGCCCUUCGGGUGAUAACUGAAGCUAUCCAGGUAGUCCUUCAUUGGACAAGGAGGGGGAGAGACAAAUGCCACAGAUUAGCCAUCUUAGUAUCCAGUGAACUGCAGUUUAGGCUUCGUCAAAGAUGUUUACUUGCACAGUGAUUUUCCUCUACAAGUAUAUGAUAGAGGGACACACCCCUCCUUCAUUGCCAAAGGGCCAAAGGGGCCCACCACUUAGUCAGCAGAUUCAACUCCAGAGACAACAGUUGCCCAAAGAAUCACAACCCAACCUUUAUCCUAAAGGGAGGGAUUGUAUAACAUUUCUUUACAAUUAAGUCCUGUCAAGUAAGAAGACUUAUUAGAUAACUUUAAAGAUUAAAAAAGUAGCAACAUGAAUACUUUUGUUUUUAAAAAGCCAAAAUGAACAAGUAGGGGUAGCUUUAAAAAUGGAAGCACAAGCCGGGUAUGGUGGCACAGGCCUUUAAUCCCAGCACUAGAGAGGCAGAGGCAGGGAGACCUCUGUGAGUUCAAGGCCAGCCUGGUGUAGCAAGUGCCAGGCCAGCUGGAGCUACAGAAAAACCCUGUCUCAAAAAGACCAAAAAAAAAAAAAAAAAAUACAAUGUGACUCCAGAUGGAGUAAUGCUACAUUAGUAAAUGCAAGUAACCAGACCUUGCCGCUGGCUGUGAUACCUGUCUAUUCAGGGUUUGCCAGGUCAAGAGGAUUCAAAUGGUGAUCCCUUCCUACUACCCACAGCAAUAGAACUCUGCCUCUACCAAAAUCUCUGAAGGGAAAAGCAGCAGAGAGAAGGGGGUUGGCUUAUCUAAUUUAAGGAAGAAGAGUGGUAAGGAUAUUUGCACUUUGUAGGAGAGGCAAGAUUAUCUGCUUAUUGUGGAAGGGAGAGGAGUGGCCUUGCUGGAUUCAGUUUGGUCUGUGAGUUUUGAUAAGCUUACCUAAUUGUAGUUAUUUUUCCUGUGUGCUUUUUAAUUACUAAGAAAAAACUCGUGACUUCAAUAACUUUGGUAUUUUGAGUACAAAUCAUAAUAGCUCCAGUGUGAAGAAAAAAAAAAGUGUAACCUGUCACUCAAUGUUAGAAAAUCACCUAAAAUGCAGUUUAAUAAAUGAUCUUUGUACCAAAUGGUAAUUUAAAUGGGGUAAUUUUCUGAAAGGAAAAUGUACUGUUUUUAUGUUUCCAACCCUCUUGAAUUAAAAUAAAAACAACUUGUUUUCUAAAAA